GAUAAUGAAGAAGGGGGGAAGGGAACAAGUCGCUCGCUGACCACGGGGGCCCGCGGAAACGGCGGAGCGAGGAGAACGAUGGCGCUGGACCAUGAGGGGCAGCAUCACCGCGCCCGCAUGAAGCACGAUUGGCCGGGGCCCCGGGUAUGGGGGCGGUCUGGGCCGGCGUGACGCGGAAAAUAUAAGCCUGUGUGAGUGGCGGCUGAUUAGCCAGAGGCUCGGGACGUGGAGUAGUGGCGAGAGUGUCCCGACAGAGAGAAGAGAGGACGGACCGUUGGUUCUCUCGUAUCGAGGGAGACGUUUUCGGUCCAGUUCUUCCAAGGUCCGCCGCGAAUAAUCGGCCGGCGCAUCGCGCGAGUUAACGCCGCUUAAAACUAAUCAAAAUUAAUCAUAACCCAGGCAACAAUUGAUCGCAAUUGCCGCGCGCGCUCCAUUACGGGCAAUCGGGCAAUCGGGCGCGACGCCCGAUUCUCUUCCCUUUUUUUUUCUAUCGACGGGAAGCGGAAAGAAUCUCGGAAGAGCCCUCGAUGACGGGCGUGAACGAUGCCAAGGUGUGUGAGACGGCGAUCUCGCUGGCUCUCGGAUUUCAAUUUGACCGUGCUGGUCACUCGAUCCUCUUGAAGAUGUGAAAUUGCACAGAGAUCCGGAAAAGAGUGGGACUUCACGGAAGAUAACAGAAGUGACUUGUGACUGCCUGCCGCAUGUUAGACUAAGUCGUUCGAGAUUCGGAAAUCGAAGGUUCUGCAAGAGUGUUGAUUGCGCACAAUCCGACUUUUUAAAAUAAACGUCAUUACGAGCUGUACGUGGAAUGGAAACGCGGAACGAGAGUCAAAGCUCCAGCGCGAGGGAAGAAAGAGCCAGCAAAAAUAAUUAAUAAUCAAUCGACAUCCAAGAAACUCGCCCGUUUCUCACCUUCGGUUCGGCACUAACAGAUCUCUUUGAGAUCGAGAAAGAUCUACUUCGUGCAAGUUUUACACCCCGACGAGGCGCGCGAACGAUCCAUCGGGAAAGAGUGUCCGUUCGCGGAAUCACGGAAGAAGUCGCCGAAGAUGGACGGCGCACCCUCGUGGGACGAUCCGAUCUUCUCGGACUUUGGGACGCGCGGCGGGACCACCGGGGCCCACAGUAUCCAGGUGAUGCUGAGCUUGCAUGGGGGUGGCGGCCAUCACGGAAGCGGCGACCUGAUGCCGACCGCCGGUGGUCAGCUCCACAAGCUGGACUCGUCUAACAGCCCGUCGCCGCAUCAUCAGGCCGCGUCGCAGCAUCAGCAUCAUCUACAGCAGCAACAGCAGCAGCAGCAGCAGCAGAAAGAGCUUAAGGAGCUCGAGCUGUCCGGCAUGUACGCGCCGCUGCCGCCGCAAACCCAGGACGUCACCACCUCGACGUCUACCAGCGUCACGCCGACCUCGACGAGUCUUCAGCAGGGUUUGCAACUUGGCAACGCGCUCAAGAGGAAGGACGAUCCGAUCAACGCGCUCACGCCAGUCAGCAGCGAGGCGCAGCCAGCCAAGAAGGACUCUAAAAAGAAGACUGACAACAAUAACAUCAAGAAGAAAAAGACGAGAACAACUUUCACGGCUUACCAACUGGAGGAAUUGGAAAGGGCCUUCGAACGAGCGCCUUAUCCGGACGUCUUCGCGCGCGACGAACUCGCGCUGAAGCUCGCCCUCUCAGAAACUCGCGUGCAGGUGUGGUUUCAGAACCGCCGUGCCAAGUGGCGGAAGAAGGAACCGCCGCGUAAAACCGCCGGUUACAUGGCCGCAGGUUCCGCCAGCCCCGGUCUGUCAGGCUCCUUCACGUCACUCAACAACACCCUGAACCCGUUCGCGUCGCCGACGGCGGCGACGGCGCCGCCGGACGCCUGGGCAUACUCGCCGGCGGCGUACGACCUGAACCAUCUGAAUCUGCUGAGCCCGUCCAACUCGCCGUACUCGACCGCGGCGGCCGCGGCCGCCGGCUUCGGCAACAACGGCAGCGUCUCGUACUCGUCGUACGCGAGCAUGCUGCCGACGCAGCACGACGCCGCGUUGUUCACCACGCCGGCCGCCGCAGGCAACACCAUGAGAGUCCACCAGGACUACAUGAACCCGGGCGGCGGCAGCAGCCCGCCACCGCCCGGCGGCCCCCUCACCCGCGCCGACUAUCAGACCAUGGUGACGACGCACUCGCCGCCCACCCACCUGGGCAACUCCAUGUCCGAGGACGAGCACGGUGGUUGCCUCGCGGACAAGUACGCGCACGACCAGGCCGCGGCGGAUUACGGCCAGCCGCAGCAGCAGCAGCAGCCGCCGUCGGCCGAUCAGAAGCAGGACUACGGCAUACACUCGCCGCAGGCGCGCCAGGCCAUGAAGGAUCAGGUCAUGGUCAAGAGCGAGCCCGGCAGUCAGCAGAGCUACGUGCAGCUGCCUCCUUUUCUGAACUGACUCGCGGCCUCCUCCGCUCUAGAUCUCUUCUAGGCGACCUCUGCGAUCUGUCUGCGAGUUUUCGCGACGAGCGCGAGGAGUAUUAAGGUCCUGGGCUUACGCAAUUAGGUCGCGUGACUUGGACCCGGGCUCGCACCGGCUGUUACUUUUUACGCAUUCGUAGCUUUCGAUGGCGAACGAGCAAAAUUCGAAUAUUAACGACAUCAAAUUGAGAGAUUGGAGUACAUUUUUCAUUGAAAAAUGCCAUUUAAACCGUAAGCGUCGGUGAGAUCCCGGAUCGAUUCGUAGCGUUUCGAUCUUACGAAGGAUUAAUGAUAAGUCCUAGGAUCUCGAGCUCGAAUAUUCGCGUUGCGACAGCCGCGAUGUUUCUGUACUUGUUGCCUGAGUGAUCGCGAGUGACGCGUCGCUUUAUGCGUGAGAGUGACUUGGACCAAAUCCCAAUUAACUUAAUCGGCAAUUAAUUUUACAAAACACAGCAUUUUGUUACCACGGACGGAAUUAUUAAUUCUUUAUUGUUUCGUGUGAAAAGAAAGAUUAGAAAAAUCGUCAGAAAGGUGGAUCGCCAGUGAAUAAAAUACAAAAUUCAAGAGUUGUCGACAAUAACUGGCACAGCAUAUUUCUCAAUUAAUACACGACGUUUCGAAAGAUUAGAAACUAGAAGCAGUGAAUUAGUUGAAAACUUUGCUAUCAGAUUAGAUUAAUUACCGAGUAAACUAAUCGGAGUUUGGCCGAAAUCGCUCAAAGUCGAUUGAACAUCUAUGCGAGACAGAACACCGAAGAACAGAAGGAUAUAAAAAAAAAUAUCCUGAGAAUAUAAAAUAUUUUAUUUAACAGAAGAGAAAAGGAAUAUAUAUAUAUAUAUAUCUAUUUAUAUAAGAGAAGAAUUCUAUUUUCGCUCUAACAACUUUAUGUCUCAAUCUGCGUGAUCCCAAAACGAAUUUGAAAAAUAAAGUGAAGAAAACCAAAAUAAAGAAUUAAGACACUUGGAGCGACAUCUCGCGAUGACUAUCGAUACUUCAUUAGCAUCCGAAAACGCUUCUUAGUAAGGAUAAAAAUAUAAUGAAAAUAAUUCUUUAAUAUUAUGCUAAUAAUAAUUACCCUAUUUUGGAAA